AUGAUUUCCCCUGCCACUACCUGCUGCAAGGCUACCCAAGAUGGUAGCUGCGUCUGUGCUGCCCAGGCCAAGUGCUCCUGUGGCAAGCAGAGUGCUCUCCACUGUUCCUGCAACAAGGCUGCUACUGAAAACGCCAUCACUGGCCCUCGCUGCUCAUGCCGUGCUCGCCCCGCUGGUUCGUGUACUUGUGAGCGCGCUGUGAGCGAGAACAAGCCUGUACAAGGCGAAAAGUGUCCCUGUGGAACACGCCCAGCUGCUUCUUGCACCUGUGAGAAGGCGGCAGCCAUUCAGUCUGAUCUUGAAACCGACUUUACUACUCGCGCCUAA